GAUUGCUGACCCGCCUCUACUCCUCUUUUACACUAUGAUUGUUUUCUUGCUACUGAACAGAAGCUCAACUGAAUCUCAUCUGUAAUUCAGUCCUGAUCGACAAAGUGAUCUGCAAGACCGAAAUUCACCGUCCCUUCCGUAUUUCCGAGUCCGAGGAUGGCCAGACAUCUGCUCAGGCGUCAUUUGAUGCCCUCAGUAACGGCGGUACUGGCAGCUCCAUCUCCCGGGUAUUCAUCAAAAUGGGAACCCCUUGCUCCAAUAAGCCGUCAAAGCCAGUCAUUUGGCCCAUUGACGAGAUACUUGCCAGUGAUAGCUAUCGGCUCUCCGACGAGGGCGCUCUUGUCGAGGGCCCUGGCAAUACCAACAUUUGGUUCAAGAAGAAGCACCGCAUGCAUGACGGACACAGCAAGUCCUAUGUACAUGGCAAGCACGGAAAGCACCGCAAAUAUGGGAAGCAUCGCAGGCGCAGAAAGGAUCACAGGCACAGCAAGCAUGGAAAGCAUUAUAGACACGGCAAACAAAACAAGCACCACAUCACGAACAAGCGCCCUUGGCUAGGGCUCUGCGCAGCCAAGGGAAAGUUCUGCGGCAGUAAUAUCUUUGGUUGUAUGUUCGGGGCCACGGCGCUUUACAGGUGUGAUGCUGUUGGGAAGAAACCUGAGAUCCUCAAGUCCGAUGCUGAGAUCUGCGGAGGUUCCGGUGGAAAUCUUGCUUGCAAAUGUGGUGGGUCCUUCUGGCCCGUAUGCGGAUCCCAGCUCUCAGCUGAGUGUAAAGCCGAUCCUACCGCCAUUUAUCACUG